AUGGGCCACCUUCUCUCGAAGGAGCCGCGUAACCGCCCAAGCCAGAAGAGGCCUCGCUGUUGCAGUUGGUGCCGCCGCCGGCGCCCUCUCCUAAGGCUGCCCCGCCGGACCCCAGCCAAGGUGCCCCCUCAGCCGGCGGCGCCCCGGAGCCGGGACUGCUUCUUCCGCGGGCCCUGCAUGCUCUGCUUCAUCGUGCACAGUCCCGGCGCGCCCGCCCCCGCCGGCCCAGAGGAGGAGCCGCCGCUCUCGCCGCCGCCGCGGGACGGGGCCUACGCUGCCGCCUCCUCCUCUCAGCACCUGGCGCGGCGCUACGCGGCCCUGGCCGCCGAGGACUGCGCCGCUGCUGCCCGCCGCUUCCUGCUAUCCUCGGCCGCCGCCGCCGCCGCCGCUGCCGCCUCGGCUUCGUCGCCCGCCUCCUGCUGCAAAGAGUUGGGGCUGGCUGCGGCCGCCGCCUGGGAGCAGCAGGGCCGAAGUCUCUUCCUGGCCAGCUUGGGGCCGGUGCGCUUCCUGGGGCCGCCCGCCGCCGUGCAGCUCUUCCGGGGGCCGACACCGUCACCGGCCGAGCCCCCUACGCCCCCCGAAAUGGUGUGCAAGCGGAAGGGGGCCGGGGUCCCCGCCUGCACCCCCUGCAAGCAGCCCCGCUGCGGCGGCGGGGGCUGCGGCGGCGGCGGCGGCGGUGGCGGGGGAGGGCCUGCGGGGGGAGGCGCUUCGCCGCCCCGGCCCCCCGACGCCGGCUGCUGCCAGGCCCCGGAGCAGUCCCCGCAGCCGCUCUGCCCUCCGCCCUCUUCUCCCACCUCCGAAGGUGCCCCCACCGAAGCUGGCGGGGACGCUGUCCGAGCCGGGGGCACCGCCCCCUCGUCCGCCCAGCAGCAGCAUGAAUGUGGCGACGCGGACUGUCGGGAGCCCCCCGAAAACCCCUGCGACUGUCACAGGGAGCCGCCCCCCGAAACCCCAGACAUCAACCAGCUGCCGCCGUCCAUCCUGCUCAAGAUAUUUUCCAAUUUGUCACUGGAUGAGCGUUGCCUUUCCGCAUCAUUGGUUUGCAAGUACUGGCGUGACCUUUGUUUAGACUUCCAGUUUUGGAAGCAGCUGGAUCUUAGUAGUCGUCAGCAGGUCACUGAUGAAUUAUUGGAAAAAAUUGCAUCAAGAAGUCAGAAUAUAAUUGAAAUCAACAUUUCUGAUUGUCGCAGUAUGUCUGAUAAUGGCGUAUGUGUUUUAGCAUUUAAAUGUCCUGGACUUCUUAGGUAUACAGCCUACAGGUGUAAACAGCUUUCUGACACCUCUAUUAUUGCGGUUGCCUCUCACUGUCCUUUACUUCAGAAAGUGCAUGUAGGCAACCAGGACAAACUCACUGAUGAAGGACUCAAGCAGCUGGGCUCAAAAUGCAGAGAACUCAAAGAUAUUCAUUUCGGCCAGUGUUACAAGAUCUCAGAUGAAGGCAUGAUCGUCAUAGCUAAGGGCUGUCUGAAAUUACAAAGGAUAUACAUGCAGGAAAACAAAUUAGUGACAGAUCAGUCAGUGAAAGCAUUUGCUGAACACUGUCCUGAGCUUCAAUAUGUAGGCUUCAUGGGUUGUUCAGUCACUUCUAAAGGAGUCAUUCACCUAACCAAGCUAAGAAACCUUUCCAGCUUGGACCUACGUCAUAUCACUGAACUGGAUAAUGAAACCGUGAUGGAAAUUGUCAAGAGGUGCAAAAAUCUUAGCUCUCUCAAUCUCUGUCUGAACUGGAUCAUAAAUGACAGAGAUAAGAGUCUUGCUAUGUUGACCUGGCUGGUCUCAAACUCCUGGCCUCAAGUGAUCCUCCUGCCUCCACCUUCCAAAGCGCUGAGAUUAUUCAUGUGAGCCACUGCACCCAGCCCCAGUGAAACUUUUAGAUCAAACUAUAAACUCAUAAUUGUAUCAAUUAAAUUUUUCUCAAUGAUAUAGGAACUUCAUGGUCUUAAUUGUUGAUAGCAUCCAAGUACACAUUCAGUAAACAGAGCUUUUCUUUAUCUGUGUCAUGCAGUUAAAAUGGUUUUUUAUUGUUUUCUAUGAAAUAUCUUAGUUAUAUAAUGGUCAAACUGAAACAUCAUCUCUUACAAAGGUGAGAUUAAACACAAUAGAAUUAUUUACAGAACUUCCAUCUUAUAAGCCACUUUUUCAUUAAAUUUGGAUAAUAAGUGGUGCUUUGCUACCUGAUUUAAACUAGUUUUAUUUAGGCUAUGAAUCAACCUCUUUGUUCCAAAACACUGGAAUAGGGGAAUGUUUUGCAUUUCCCCUUCCCCACGAGAGUUUGUUUUCCUCUAAGUCACAUUAAGAUGCUGUUCUCAAGCCAGUUUCGUUUCACCUAGUGCCUAGUUUUUGGAGUGGGAAUGAAGGUAGGCAAAAGUUAAUUGUAAACCAACACGAAGAGCACAAAUGCAGCAUGUGUUUGCAAUAAUAAUGAAUGCACACUAUGAAGCAAGUCUAAUGCCAGGGCCUGAUCAAGCAGUGCUUUGGAGCCAAUGGGUGACCCAUCAGAUACCACUGGUUGUGGGCCACCUUCUUUAUUUCCUGAAGUUCUGUAACAUGGAAAUUCAGUCACAGGUUAAUCUAUACUAAAUUUUGUUCUACAGAAUUAUUUAAAAUCAUAGGGAAAUGAUCAGGAAUUGCUAUUGUUAUAACAUAGUGGGAUUAAAUAGGUUCAAAAUGAGUAGAUUGUGUAUUCUCCUUACAUAGAACCUUGUGCAAAAUGUCUAAUUAAAGUAACAAGUUACUAUACAGCUAAUUCCUCCUCAUUAGAGUAUCAAAUGUUCUUAUUUAAUUUUCUGACAAAAAUAUGAAUGCUGCAAUUUCAUUGGUGCUUAAGGCCUAUAUUCCAGAACUUUCUUCAUUGAGUUUUAGAGAAAGAGAAAUAUAUUCUUUCUGAAGUUGAGGGUCCUGAUUUUCUGUUAACAAUGGGCCCUAUUAUGCUGCUUCCAUCUGAGCAAGGCUAGGAAGAACUUCACAGCUGGCUGGGCACCUGACAUGCCCAAGGCAGGUACUCUGACCUGCUCAUAUAGCCCUGGUUCCUCCUGGGGAGAAUAGCAGUUUCCAUUCCCUGAAGUGCCUAAUUUAUUCCAGGCUAUGAAUAGAAUGAGCUUGUUGAUUUGGGACUAGUGGCAUUCCCCUUGCACAACCUCAGGACAUGAUUAUCCAUGCCAGGGUCAGGCAGGAGCUUCCCAUCUGACCCUGUGCAGUCCUCACCCUGAGCACUUAACAAGAGUAAUAAGAGGCUAUUGGAAUGUCACAUUCUCUUGAAUUUAUUUAUAUUUUUAAUAAGAUACUGGCAUCCUCUUUUGCCUUUAUCUAAGCCUGGCUUUCUAGAAACUUGAUUACAAAAAGUCUAUUAACUCAAUGAGUUGUUAGAUGAAAUAUAUUAAUACAUGAAUCAGGAAAAUCAUAGUCCUAGAAUAUUUCCUUUUAGAACACAUGUGUUUUUUGAGUUCGUAAAAUAUUCAGAGCACUGCAUUAGGUUCUAUCAGUGACACAGAAAUAAAACAGGAAAUAAUGGUCCUGCUCCUGAGGCAAGACAAAAACUAGAGACAUAGAGAAAUUCAACAACAAGUAGAAGGACGCAUAUUAGUGAAUAAAAUUGUGAGUACAGUGGUAUAACCAAACACUUAUGUUUUAUUAAAACACAAAGGACAAAUAACAGAGAGAGGGUGAUUAGGAAAGGCUUCUUGUAGGUAGCAAAUUGUACUAAAUCUUGGCAUGUUUAAAUAGGGCUCAAAAGAAUGAAAGGCUCACUGUCAUGAGUAGUUUUUGCUAGGUAGGGAAAACUGGUAUCUUCAUACCUGGGGUGACUACUUUGUGGUUUCUCAGUAAAUUUUUUAAUUGAAUCAAUUUUCCCCCUAGAGGAAGAAGGACUAAGGCCUCUGACACUGUCAGAAGAAUCAUCCCAAGCACCUCAGGUCCUAAUGUCCUUUAGGCACGUGGAUUUGUGACCAGAAUAGAAGGGACAUAUAUUAAAAUUAAGAUAUUUGGAACUUGACUGUAUUUUGUCAUUUAAUUAUAGAAAUGGGUAGGAAAAGAUAGGAGGAGACAUUUAUCAUUUACUACUGGCCAAUUUAAAAAAAAGAAAAGAAAAGUUGAGGAAAUAAGAUAGUAAGAUGGACAUUUCUGAUGGAGUUUCUAAGGGAGAAUUAGACAAAGAAGGAAAUGGUCAAAUUAUAAGUUAGACUUUAAAAAAAUAGAGUAUUGACUUAAUUUGGGUACUAUGCCAAGUAUUUUUCAAAGAUUUUAAAAUAUCUGGAAAAUACUCCAUGUUGUUCCAGUCUUAGUGGGUAUGGCAACUAUGUAAAGCAAAUAAUUGCAGCAAUUUGAAAUGAGUGCCUUUUGCAUAUAUGAAUAAAAUGUGGUGAACUAAGCCAGAAAAAAAAGGAAAUAUGUAAAGGAUAGGAGAGGCUUCCCAGAGGAGGUGGCAUCUCAUUUGAAUCUUCAUGGAUGAGUUAGGAGUUUUUUGGGAGAAGAGAAUAUAGUAAGGGUGUUCUAGGGAAAAUCACAUGUGUAAAAUAGAUCUGAAGGAUCACUGUGUGUACUUGAAAGUGUGAGAAGUUGGAUGUGUCCAGAACAUAGCAUAAGCCUGGAGGUGAUAGUGAGAGAGGGGUCUAGAGAGGUAAGUAGGAGUUGGAGCAUGAAGGACUAUGGAUAUUAUGCCAAGAAUUUAGAAUGUUAUAUAUAGAUGAUGGGGAAACAUUGACUUACACUAAAAAACAAAAUUAAAAACACCUGCAUACAAUGGACUACAGAGGCAGAUCAUAAGAAGGACAGUCUACCAGAGAAGAUUGCAAAGGUCCAGGGAAACAAAUUAUGACGUCCUAAAUGUCAGUAGUGAAAACCAAAAUGGAAAGGAAAGGAUGAACUUAAGUGUGAUCAAGGAUGUGUUGCAAAAGAUCUUACCCAUGUGGAGGCUGAGGGAGAUGAGGGACUCUAGAAUUUUCUCAAGUUUUUAGCUUGAGCACCUGGGUAGAUGGGAUACUGUAACAGAACUGUGGAAAGUUGCAGCACAAACAACUUUUGGAUGGAAAAGAAUGGACUCAGUUUUGAACAUGUUGAAUUUGAAGUUAUUGUAGGUCCACCAGGCAGGGAUGUCCCUUGCUCAGUUGGGUUUGAAUCUGAAGAUGGAAGUCAGGACUGGAGAUAAGGAUUUUGGAAUCAUCCAGGAUAUAGGUUAUAGUGAAAAUCUUACAUAUGCAUGGAGUUUUAAGAAGAGAACAGGCCCAAGUGUUAUACUUAGGAACGCACAAACAGUGGCUUUGGACACUGGGAAUACAUGAAAAAAUCCUGAGGUAGAACUAUACCAUGUCAUUAAGUUAGCCCACCUGCCAGGUAUUAUGUGGUAAUGCCAAAUAAUGGAAACUUCAACCUCCCUCCAUCUCCUGCUUUUUCAUUCCUUACGGUUUCUAGUAUGCUGACAAAGAAGAAUACUUGAAGGAGUUUUUUCUCAGCUAUCUAAUGUAGGGCUUCCCAAACUGUGCUUUCUAGAGCAUCUCUGGCAGUUCUGCAAGAUGUUAAUAAGCAUCCGUGAACUCCUGUGUCAAAAACUGAAAUAUGAAACAUUUCUUAAUUGCAGGCCUUCUCAAAACCUUUAUAAUAUAGGCCAGGGAUUUCCGAGAGGGGGUGUAGUUAGUAGCUCCUUCUUGAGCUUUUUUUUCCCCCCAAACCACAGACCCCUUUUCCUCAUGGACUACCUAUUAAUACCUCAACGUUUUUUGAAAAAUACUCAUCUUUUGAUUGGAGAAAUUAAUGUUAUCUUCAUAGUCAUUUGGGAUUUUAAUCUUUGAGGGUCUUUUGUACGUGAAAGGCAUACUCAUAGUUACUGUGUUGUAAUUAACAUUUUUAAAAAUUUUAAAUUACAAAGCCAAGUUUUCAUAAGCCUUUAAGCUCAAUUUAUAAAUC